GCUCAAGGGAAUGCCUGAGAUGCCCAAAUUGACAACGUUGAUACUGGCUCCAUCGAUACGGAGCCUGGAAUGGAUGCCCAGGAUCCUCUACUCGCUUCAACACAUUGAUCUCUCAAGCUGUUCAGAGCUUGCGUCGCUCAAGGAGAUUCCCUAUCUCCCCAACUUGAGAACGCUGAUAACCCCCAAGGGACUGAAGAUCUUGGACAUACCCUUGAAUCAUAUCGAUUCGCUUGAGGAGCUCGAUAUGUCGCACUCGUCGAGACUCGAGUCACUUGAUCGCUUUCCACACACACCCAAAUUGAAGACGCUGUAUUUGAGCUGCUCGUUUUUGAACCUCCGUGGGCUGCCAAGCUGUAUGCCAUCGCUUCAGAUCCUCUCUAUCUGGUGCCCCUUGCUCACGUCGCUCGAGGGGUUUCCUGAAACACCGAAACUUGAAGAGCUGGCUCUGACUUCAUCGAUAGCCAGCAUGCGCGGUCUGCCGUCCGUUUUUCCCACCUUGAAGAAGCUUGUCGUUUAUAAUCAAGGGAGUUCAGCAAACGAGACAAGCCUCCAGGGAUGCCCCCUCAUGCCCAAUCUCCGAUAUCUUGAGCUCCCUCGAUCUAUCCGAUCCUUCCGGGGACUGCCUGAGUCCCUGAUGAGCCUCCUGGAACUGCAUCUAUACUCAUGCUCCAAUUUGGAAUCGAUCGAAGGACUUCCGCGUAUGCCUUUGCUCCAGAGGUUGAGUUGCAGUGACACGAGAGGACCAAUAUUCGAUGAGUUGGUGGCCCGACUGAGGGUUGAUUCACCGCGACUGACCGUAUCAGGAUGAAACCCUCGCUUCGUCACACUUUCAUCGAUCAGCCUCAGUCCAGAUGGUGACGAUAAAUGGGCUGGAUUUUUUUUUUGAUAGUUGUAUAUUCAAGAAUAUUCAACAUGCCAUCAGUAUCACAGGAUACCCGGCAGUGGGCGUACAAGCAGGCUCACAUACCCCUGUUGCGGCUCUCGCCGAC